AUGCAUGAUAUUGAAAGGUGGGUUGCCUUCGAAAGGCAUCAUGCACCAGCAAAUAAAAGACGCACGGGUGCUGAAGGAAGGUGUUUCAAACAGAGCCUGAAGUCGCUUGCACGAGAACAACUCGACAUGGAAAUCCAGUCAGUUGGCGGCCACGACAGCGCCGAAGACGCAUGGGCUGCGAUGCGAUUGGUGUUGAGAGCGGCUCGUUCACCUCAUUUAUAG